GCACUGAGGAGGCCGAGAGAUGAGGCCAGAGCCCACCAAGUUCUGGGAAGUAAGUUCAGUCACUGGGUGGUCGCUGUGGUAACGGGGGAGGAAAUUCUGUCCGUGGCUGGGCGUGUUCGUGGACAGUGGUGAUGGACUGGUAUCUGUCGGCGCCAGCGUUUGGCGAGGCCAGUGGAAUUCUUUCAGGAGCUUAGCGUGGGUCCGAUUCCUAUCGCAGGGGAACUAUAAGAGAUGCGGCUUCUACUCUUUGUCCUGCAAGUUUCCAGCGUAUCCUCUUGGAUAUUUCUUUUCAGGGUCUUUCUGACACAAGUAAGAUAACAUCUCUGCCAUGACCUUGCUCCUCUGCUUACACUGGAGUCAUCUUUCUUUUGCUUGAAGAAUAUCCGUUAGGAUUUGCUGUAAUAUGUAAUUCCUCAAGAAUAUUUUUGCUGAGUAUCCUUUAUACAUUUAUACUUAGAAUACUUUGCAAGUAUCAAGAUGUGGAUGGCGGCCAGGUGCAGUGGCUCAUGCCUGUAGUCCCAGCACUUUGGGAGGCUGAGAUGGGUGGAUCACUUGAGCUCAGGAGUUCAAGACCAGCCUGGCCAACAUGGUGAAACCCCGUUUCUACUAAAAGUACAAAAAUUAGCCGCGCAUGUGGCGUGCACCUGUAAUCCCAGCUUCUCAGGCGGCUGAAGCAGGAGAAUCGCUUGAACCCAGGAGAUGGAGGUUGCAGUGAACAGAGAUCACGCCACUGGAGUCUUACUCACUCCAGCCUGGGCAACAGACCCACAGGUGCUGAGAACAAGAGAAAUCAAGUGAAGGAAGGAGGCGGAGUUUCCAAGACUUGGGUGUCAUCAUUUCUGGGGACAUCCUUGAUUGGAGAUUGAAGUUUUUGAACCGAAAUUUAGAGCUGAUUCAGAAGAGACAAAUACAGAACGUCCAAGUUAGCAGUCAUUUCCCAAAUUUAGGAGACAAUGAUGCAGGCCCAGGAAUCCCUAACACUGGAGGAUGUGGCUGUGGACUUCACCUGGGAGGAGUGGCAGCUCCUGAGCCCUGCUCAGAAGGACCUGUACCGGGACGUGAUGUUGGAGAACUACAGCAACCUGGUGUCAGUGGGGUAUCAAGCCAGCAAACCAGAUGCAUUCUCCAAAUUGGAACGAGGAGAAGAAACUUGCACAACAGAAGAUGAAAUCUACUCUCGAAUCUGUUCUGAUUCAGGAGGUGCAUCAGGAGGUGCAUAUGCAGAAAUCAGGAAAAUUGAUGAUCCUCUGCAGCAUCACUUGCAAAAUCGAAGUAUUCAGAAGAGUGUGAAACAGUGCCAUGAACAGAAUAUGUUUGGAAAUAUUGUUAAUCAGAACAAAGGUCAUUUCCUGCUGAAGAAAGAUUGUGAUACGUUUGACUUACAUGAAGAACCUUUAAAAUCAAAUUUAAGUUUUGAAAACCAGAAAAGGAGCUCUGGCCUAAAGAACUCUGCUGCGUUUAAUAGAGAUGGGAAAUCCCUUUUUCAUGCUAACCAUAAACAAUUUUAUACUGAAAUGAAGUUUCCUGCAAUUGCAAAACCUAUUAAUAAGUCCCAGUUCAUUAAGCAACAGAGAACUCACAACAUAGAGAAUGCCCAUGUAUGCAGUGAAUGUGGGAAAGCCUUCCUCAAGUUGUCUCAGUUUAUUGAUCAUCAGAGAGUUCACACUGGAGAAAAACCUCAUGUAUGCAGUAUGUGUGGGAAAGCUUUCUCCAGAAAAUCCAGGCUAAUGGACCAUCAGAGAACUCAUACAGAACUGAAACAUUAUGAAUGCACUGAAUGUGACAAAACCUUCCUCAAGAAAUCACAGCUCAAUAUACAUCAGAAAACUCAUAUGGGAGAGAAACCUUACACAUGUAGCCAAUGUGGGAAAGCCUUCAUCAAGAAGUGUCGGCUCAUUUAUCAUCAACGAACUCAUACAGGAGAGAAACCCCAUGGAUGCAGUGUAUGUGGGAAGGCCUUCUCUACAAAGUUCAGCCUCACUACACAUCAGAAAACUCAUACAGGAGAAAAACCUUAUAUAUGUAGUGAAUGUGGAAAAGGCUUCAUUGAGAAGAGGCGUCUUAUUGCGCAUCAUCGAACUCAUACUGGUGAGAAACCCUUUAUAUGCAAUAAAUGUGGGAAAGGCUUCACCUUGAAGAACAGUCUUAUCACACAUCAGCAAACUCAUACAGAAGAGAAAUUAUAUACAUGCAGUGAAUGUGGAAAAGGCUUUUCAAUGAAGCACUGUCUCAUGGUACAUCAACGAACUCAUACUGGAGAGAAACCUUAUAAAUGCAAUGAGUGUGGAAAGGGCUUCGCUUUGAAGAGCCCACUCAUCAGACAUCAGCGAACACAUACUGGAGAGAAACCCUAUGUAUGCACCGAAUGUCGAAAAGGUUUCACCAUGAAGAGUGACCUCAUUGUACAUCAGCGAACUCAUACUGCAGAGAAGCCAUAUAUAUGCAAUGAUUGUGGAAAAGGCUUCACUGUGAAGAGCCGCCUUAUUGUGCAUCAGCGAACUCAUACUGGAGAAAAACCCUAUGUAUGUGGUGAGUGUGGAAAAGGCUUUCCAGCAAAGAUCCGGCUAAUGGGACAUCAACGAACUCAUACAGGAGAGAAACCUUAUAUUUGCAAUGAGUGUGGAAAAGCCUUCACUGAGAAGAGUCAUCUCAAUGUACAUCGGCGCACUCAUACAGGAGAGAAACCCUAUGUAUGCAGUGAAUGUGGCAAAGGCUUAACUGGGAAAAGCAUGCUCAUUGCACAUCAGCGAACUCAUACUGGGGAGAAACCUUAUAUAUGCAAUGAAUGUGGAAAGGGCUUCACCAUGAAGAGUACUCUCAGUAUACAUCAGCAAACUCAUACUGGAGAGAAGCCAUACAAAUGCAAUGAAUGUGAUAAAACCUUCAGGAAGAAGACAUGCCUCAUACAACAUCAGCGAUUUCACACAGGAAAGACUUCCUUUGCAUGUACUGAAUGUGGAAAAUUCUCUUUGCGCAAAAAUGAUCUUAUUACACAUCAGAGAAUUCACACAGGAGAGAAACCGUACAAAUGCAGUGACUGCGGGAAAGCCUUCACUACAAAAUCAGGGCUCAAUGUUCAUCAAAGAAAACAUACAGGAGAGAGGCCCUAUGGAUGUAGUGAUUGUGGGAAAUCUUUUGCACACUUGUCUAUCCUUGUUAAACACAAGAGAAUUCACAGGUAGUCAUUUUGGGAAAGCCUCUUGCCAGAUGUAGGCCCUUAAGAUAUCUGCAAAGAAGAGUAAUUUCAUGAAUGCAGACUACGUGGUUGUUUAUUUAGUGAUCAGUUACUUCAUGUUUUGUGUCAGAGAAAACAUGUACAAAACAUUUGAGAAAAUAUUUUAGGACAUUAUGUCUAAAAAUUGUAUACUGAGAAAAAUCCUAUGAAUGUGGCAGACUAUAAAAGCCUUUGGUGGGAAGAUAAACCCCCUCAGAAGUGAUCAUAGAUCAUGAAUAAACUACUAAUUCGUGGAAAUGUAAUAAUUAUAGGAACGUCUUUGCCCAAAAAUAAAACCUCAACAGAUUGAGAGAGUUCACACUGGAGAAAUACUUUCCUCUGGCAGUGAAUGUGGCAGAGUUUUCAGUAAAAUGUUUUGCCUCAUCCUGUGCUAGGAAAUAAUGCAGAAAAAAACUUAUGGAAGCAUUCAAUGUAGAAGACUUUUAGGAAAAUAUCAGAGAAUUUAAUGAAGGAAAGAAGCCUUGGCAAAAUGAUGGAUGAGAGCUUUCUGUCACAAUUCUAACCUUAACAGAUAAUAUGCCUCAUGUGCAUUUGGGAACAGGAUAGCUUGAGCCAUAUUCCUAGUUGCCUUGUCACUGAUUUUAUACAUUUCAAAUUGUGACUUCCUCUAAUCACGAACUAAAAUUUAAUAUUGUAUAUAAUACCGGAGUAUUUUAUGCCUGCCUCAUUUUAUUAUAUGAUUAGCUCCUGCAUUUCUUUGGUUCUAAGUUUGUGUUAUUUCAGAAUAGCUAAAGUACUUCAGAAUGAAACUGGAUACAGUAUAUUCAAUUCAUAAGUGUAAUUGACCAUACUUGAAUAUGUUUAAGUUUAUAAGUAACAUCAGGUGUUAUGAAAUUAAUAUAAAUAAGAUGUUUUUGUAAGUUUUUAUUUUGAAAUAAGUUUAGAUUCACAAAAUCUUACCAAAAUAUUCCAGAGUUCUUGAAUGCCCUUAACCCAGCUUCUUCCAAAGAUAACAACUUACAUAAGCAUAGUUCAUUACCAAAUACAGGAAAGUGAAAUUGUUACAAUACUGUUAACUACAGAAUUUAUUUGGAAAUCACCAGUUUUAACAUGCAUGCAUUUUUGUUUGUUUUUUAUAUGUAGCUUUAAGAAAUCUUAACACAUAUAUUGAUUCAUGUCACCACCACCGUAAUCGAGAUUCAGAAUGUUGCAUCAAUGCAAACUCCCUCAUGCUCCUUUUUUAUAGUCACAACCUCUCCUCAGCCCUAACCCUUGGCAAUCAGAAAUCUUUUCAUCUUUAGUUUUGUCAUUAGUAGCAUGUUAUAAAAAUGGAAUCAUACAGCAUGUACCCUUUUGGUAUUGGCUAUUUCAACUAAAGCAAAUUAACCUGAAAUCCAUCCAAGUUGUUCUGCGUAUCAUUGUUCUGUUUUUAUUGGCCACUAAUAAUCUAUGAUACGAAUAUACCACUAUUUGUUGAUUCACCCACUGAAGGACAUUAGUUUUGUUCCCAGUUUUUCUUACUGUUACAAAUAAAAAUCCUAUGAACAUUUGUACACACA